AUGUCUCAAUCGCCUCUAACUGCACAACGGCCGGACCCCAUUUAUGUCUCAACGCGUUCGGGAAAGAUUGUGACGCCUGUGAGGGUGCCAGAGACCUCUACUGCUUACAAGGUCGAGCAGGCAAUGGAGGCAGUGGAUCGUAUCCUUCAGAGUGCGGUUACAAAUGAAAAUCCUUCACCUGACACCGUCGUAGAUGGCGGAAAGGCGAUCAGCGUAGUUGGUCUAGUACCCGACAAAGUCUCUGACGUUGCGGAGGCUGUUGUGAGCAAUGGAGUUCCGCAUUUUAUUCAUCAAGUUUUCGAACAUAUGCCCCAUUUCCUCGAAGCGCUGGAAGAGGUGGCGAAGAUACACCCUGUCACUCAUGCUGUUGCAAUGACUUUCAAGACAAUCUGCACACUUGUGCACAGACAUCGCAGUAACGAAGAGAAGGUUGUAGCAGUGCUAGUCGAAAUGAGAGACAUGCUCUCAGUGCUCUUACACCUCAAGAUUGUACCAGCAGGAAGUACAGACUCCAAAGGCGUGGGGAUCGAGGAGCGAAUGAAAAUUUUGAUGGAAGAGAUUGCAGUAGAGAUGAAGAAGUGCGCGAACGUAUGCGACGCGUACUGUAAGGCGAAGAUCGUCGCCAAAGUCCUCAAAGGUCUUAUGUGGGAGAAGAUGUUCAUUGAUUUUACUCAUGGAUUCUCCAAGCGAAGAACAUCCUUACAACUUGUCUUGUCUGCAUUCACUAGCCUCAAGGUAGAUCAGAUCGAUCAGAAACUUGACGAACUUUCACUCGAAUUGAGACGACGGAACGACGAGAUCAUCUGGUUCAUUCAGUCACAUGUUCCCGCAGAGCAUAGAGAGAUCUCUGCUCAUAUUGAGCGGAAGGGAGGAGUGGAGGCAGUUUUACGAGACGACAAUGCCAUUCGCGAUCUCAUUGCGCUUGACCAGAAGCGUUCUGAUAGUCGUCAUCCAGAUAAGCAAGUUGCGGGUAGGGUUCGAGAUAGCGAGCGCGAUGCCAGGGUUCAAAUUCAAGACAUCGACGGCUUUAUUGAACAGAAUCUGGUCUUUUUCUAUCGCAAGUUCGAAAUACAAUGGCAACAGCUCGCCGAGGAAAUGGCUUCGGUUGUGCACCAGGAGGCCGAUCGUAUCAUUACCAAUGUCGCCGCUGGUCCACACGACAAGAUCGUCGAUCCUGAUUUGCGCAAAAUUUGGAAAGAAAUGGGCUGGCGAGGGAACGUGAAGGCUCGACAUCUGGUAUUGGCCAUCAGGGAUUAUUAUCAUGAUCAAGUGGAGGAGAGGAAGCGACAUGAAAGGACCGAUGGGCACGCGUCUUCACUUCAUCACGAUGAUUGGGUUCUACAUUGGAUUACGAUGAAGAGGCUCCAAUCUAUCACGGAGGCAUUUAACCAAGAUGCGUCCGGAUAUGCGACGAUCGCAGAAGUCAACGCUUUCUCGUCAUCAAGGCCUAAGGAUUGGAGUCUCGCGCAUUGGCUGGCAUACUGGGCCGUUGGAUGGCAGAACGUAGCAACCGUGUACAGAGAGAAGAUCCACGAGCUCUUCAGUAAAAUGUUUUCGCUGGAGGCGUCGGUACAUAACGCAAACCGCCGUAUAGUGGACCAAUACCUAGAAUAUCCCUUCAUCCUUACGGAAAAGGUACGAGCACGAUUCAAAGAAUACGUCGCUUCCGAAGAAACCCGUAUCAAACGCGAUCUCGAGAGUGUGAAGUACCACGUUGAUGAUCUAACAACACUGAACCUUGUCACUGGGCCCGGUCGAAUCGAGAAGAAUCUCUUCCCUCUGCUUUAUCUCAUGAUAAAACGUGACUUCGAAGUCAUGCGGCUAUGUAAAACGAAAGUCAUAGAUGAAUGUGAAUUGUGGAAUUCCAUUCGAAGUAUAUGGCUGGUCGUAGGCGUUGUUGACAGUCGUCACAAGGAACUAGAAGAUACUUUCAGGCAUCAGAAUAUGGACCCCACGCAGCAGUUUAGGAUAACGUAUGCCGGCCUUUUCGAUCAUUAUCAUGAUCCCAGCGUUUUGUUCAAUCGCAAGGCGUUGCGCGACAUGAGCUCCUCUCAUCACCAUCACUCCUAUGAUGAUACGAAAGAAGCUCAAGAUGUUGACCCUGGCUCGGUUCUCAAUCACUCUCACAAGGACGCCGACGGUCAUGACCUAAAUCAAGACCUCGAUCGCGCAGCCUACGAGGAAGCUCACGAGCCACUGAUCAUCGGAGAGAUUGGCCAGGGCAUAGAUCCUGUUCAAGCAAUAGCGGGUACAUGGCAUGCACUGCUAUAUGGUGCACAGGGCCAGCUAAUAUCCCCAAUGUUCUCUCUCCACGUCCAGUCGGAAGAGCGCAGCUACAUGGCCUCCGGAAGUAUUCCAGGAUCAUCCAUGUUUCCGAACUUUACCUUGACCGGAGAAUGCGAAAAGGGCGCAGAUGGAGAUCUUUCCUUUGCAUUUGUCAUGAAAUGCUCAGCACCGUUCGAGUCGAAAUGCUUUCGCGGUCAUCUCAGCGAGAAUGGGAUGACAUUGUCCGGUGAUUGGGAGGGUCAAGACGACGUUUCUGGGCUUUUUGUUUUCUCUCGACUCCCAGCCCAAACACUCUCUCAUCGCCCAUCACCUAUGGAGCUUAAACUCAAUAAAUCGCGCGCUCUAUGGAAAUAUGCGAUUUCGGCCACUCUAGAUGGCGUCGCUCACAGACGGUAUUCGUGGUCAGUUUUCUUCCGCCGCCGGGACAUUCGAAUUCGAUACCUUGAUCUCUUGUUCCGAACAUACUACGGACGUCCCCUCGAUCAAGAUGAGCAGCAAGAACUUGCUAACUGUAGGCAAUCUCUGAGCCCUGCUGACGCUCGCUUUUAUUUCUCUCUAUGCCGGCUGAAGCUUCGCACAGUGUGCGUGCAUGGCGUGACGUGCGAUAGUUGCGGAGGAGUAAUCAGCGGCGGGCGCAUUGUCUGUAUUGACUGCGACUUGCACAGCAAGGCUUUCAGCACGAUCGACCUAUGCGAGGACCCGCGUUGUGCUACUGCCCAAAUUAACCAGAACCGGCGAAAUGACUUACCCUCACCCCAUUUACCAUCCCACAAUGUCUUCAAAACCAGGAGGAUGUUGUACCUGCGUAAUUUCGGCAAAGUCGAAGUACAGGUACAAGACGCUCUACGACGCGCCCAAGCCGAUCUCGAGGAUGCAGAAGAACGAAGAUGCGAGCUUUUGCACAGUGGAACAAUUCAGGCUCACUGGGACCUGGUGCAGAAUGGACCCACUGACGAGGAUGGGUGGCUGGAUGCCUCCGAGCGCGCACGGAACCAAGAGAUCACUGCUCUUCUUGCGCGUAUCGACGUCGCAGCUUUGGUGGCCAGAGCAAGCAAAUUACGGGGUGUCCCGUGCCAAGUUCAGCCGCUCUCAUAUGAUCCGGUUUUAUCGCAAAGUGUUAUGGGUGGGAUGAAUUAUCACGUAGACAUACUGUUCGACGACAAAGUCGUUUGGAUCUGUCGUAUUCGUCGCCACAAUGCCUCCUCGCCACCAGUUAAGCUGCAAAAUCAUAACUUACUCAGUGAGGCGGCCACCUUACAAUUCCUCGCAAGCACUACAAUUCCGGUACCAAAAGUCUUCGAUGUCGCAAUUGAUUCCCCACAGAAUCCUGUCGGUGUUGGCUACAUCAUGAUGGAAAAGUUAGCCGGCAAGCCACUAGAGUGGUACAAGUUGGAGGGCGCAGGAAAGCAAAAGAUUCUCCAGCAGUUGGCUCAAAUCUUCAUAGAACUCGAGAAACACUCCCUUCCCUCCAUUGGCUGCUUGCGUCCGGAGGAUUCAUCUCGACGUGUUGGCCCACUGAUUGCACAGGCAGCCGCUGAUGUUGCAGACGACGGGCAGCUCCGUCUACUGGGUCCCUUCAGUAGCAGUCUGCAGUAUCGCAUGUCCAGUGCUCACCAGCAAUUGCAGCUCAUCCGAAACAAGGAGGCGUACGUGAAGCACCCUAUUGACGCCUACCUAGUGCAUCGCUAUCUCCUCGAUCUCAUGCCUUCAUUUGUUACCGACGAGCGUGGCGCCCGCAGCUCAUUCUAUUUGAAGCACACGGACGACAAAGGAGACCACAUCUUCGUCGACGACGAUCUCAAUAUUGUUGGUAUCAUUGAUUGGGAAGGUGCGCUGACGACGUCAAAGCAGGAGGCAUUCUCCGCUCCACUGUUCCUCCUCGACGUCGGCGCAUACUAUGACGGAAAGAACGACCUCAGUGAUGAUGAGCAGCUCUUCGCGUCUAUCCUAGAAACCGCAGGCCGUCCUGAUAUGGCGGCGCUUGUCCGCAACGGGCGCAUCCAACAUCGUCUGGAAUUCUGUUUGGGCGGUGAAAUUGAAGAUACGGAGUCUUUCCCAAAUAUGCUGGCGGGCCUCCGUGCUGCAUGUGGCGCCUCCGAACACGAAAACCCGAAGGAAGAUUGGAAGAUAUGGAGGGACGGAGCGAUGCGACGGUAUGGAGGAGACGAAUGGCUGCAGAGGACUCUUCGAGCCUGA